AGGGCAAGAGCUCCGAGAGAGCUGAAUCGAGCAGAGCGCCGUCAAGAUCCGGGCGAUCCGAGGCAAGUAAAUCCGAGCGCUCUGCUGAAUCGCGCCAUGAUCGAGCUGAAAGAAGGCUUCUCAAAGAGCUCGCUCGAAAGAACGAGGAAGUGGCCACACAGAGAGAACAGCUCGGUAAGCUCCACAACGAGUUUGCCAGGAUUGCCGAGCUCCAGGCGUCCCAGAAGAAACAUAUGCAUUCUCUGGAGCGCGACCAUCGGAUGGAGCUCCGGAAUCUAGAGAAGCAAGUGCAAGAGGAGCGAGCAGUGAAGCAUGCGAUCGAGGUUCGUUCGGUUUGUCGAGCAAGAACAUAAAAGCACUCGGAUGGAACUUGCAACACUGAUGGACAGGUGCAACGAGCUGGUGCACGAAAGCAAACUUAACGAGAUGAAAGAGGCCGCGAGCAACGUGGACGAGGACGAAGAACACGACGAGGGGCAAGAUCAGUGCUCUCAUUCUCACGAGGGAACUUCCACGCAUGGAUCCUCGGAAGGCCGCUCCUCUGCAAGGGGAGCUAGACGACCAGACGAGCUCCGGAAGCUCAAAGGACACAUGAACACACUCGGGGCCUCGAUGAAAGAAGACGCUCGCUACGAUCCAGAUGAAGAGGAGGAGAAGAAGAAGCUGCUCGAAUACGAAGCUAAGACAUCCAAAGCUUGCUCCAGCGUCAAACGGGACUUGGGAAAGCUCAAGAAAUGGGUGGCAUGGAAGUGGCGCUGGGCUGCCGAGGCUCUCAAGUCAGAUAUCAUGGCGAAGAAGCUAGAGGAUACCGAGAGCGAGCGACCGAAUGGCAGCCAUAAGUCGUCGUCGUCGUCGACUUGCUCGGGGUGUAAGAAGAAGACGUGUGUUUGCUCGACCUCGGAGGGCGAUAAGAAUCAGUCAGUGGUUCCGGCUGUGAUGACGGCCUGGCGAGCGUAUGCUCGAGCUGUUCGUCUUGAGAAGAAGGCCAUCUCGAUGAUAACUUCGCUCGAGAAGAUGGUCAGCGCACUCCCGUGGUGGAUCCGGCGAGUCGGGCAGAGGAGGCUGCUCGAGCGCUGCUUCUUCCGGUGGGAGAUGCAUGCUCUCCGCAAGAACAGGUCGGGUGGACAGAAUGGAUCGGUGGAUCCGACGAAGAAGUCCUCGGCUUUCAAGAACGACGUGGAUUCCAACAGGUCGGCUCCGUCCCCGAAAAGGAAGAAGAAAGACGAUAGUGGUGCCGCUGGUAGCGGUGGCAAGCACAGGAAAGCGUGGGGAUCGUCCGGUGGCAAGGGAGACUAUCUCGCUUGGGAGAACCGAGUGAGGCAGAACACCAAUCCUCGCGAGUUUUCGAGGUGGUCUGGCGUGAAGAAGCUACAAAAUCUCCAGGCAUCAAUCCAGAAGGAACUCCAAGAACUGGAAUCGCAGCUCUCGCACCAUAUGCAAGCUCUCAAAGAGGACAAGAGCAAGCCCAUCGCUCCAAAGGGUCCCAUCUGGAAGGGAUCUUGCAGCUCGACGUGGGAGAUUUGCAACAACUUGAUACGCUACUUGACGGAUGCUCGCAAGCAGCUGGCCUCGGCGGAUGGCAAAGCCAACGACGGGCAGAAGGCCUCUCCAAAGCGGUACCGGGGAGGAAAGGAACAGCUGCUCGAUUUCCCGGGAGGAUUCCAGAGGAAGCAAGACGCCACGGCUGCUAGAAAUCCCCCGCCAGCUUCCAACACCAAAGGAGUCUCGAAGAACAAAGUUACUGGAGGAGGAGAAGUAGCACCAGCAGCAGCAGCAGCAGCGCCGGAUCAUCAGACCGUGCUGGAAGUUCCCGAGGCCGAGGGAUGCAAUCUCACGCUCGAUCCAGGCGCCUCGGUGAAAGUGAGCCGCCCAGGCGGGAAUGGGAAGUGGGGAGGCAAGGAUGGAUGGGAUUUCUACGGAGGGAGGAUUUGCACGGCGUCGCAGUACGCCGAGUACCUCCGCGACGAGAUCCGGCGAUUGAAGGUGUGGCAGCAAGAGCACGAAUCGCAGAUCCGCAAGGAAUUGGGCGCCAGUGGAGGAGGAGGAGGAGGAGGGAAAUUGGCAGGGAAGUACCAGAGAUUGGGGCAAGACGUUCAUCCGGAGCUCGAGCUUUGCUGGUAGCGCGAAAACUAAGAAUUUGAAAAUGCUCUGUUCUUAUUUUGACCUAACCCUAGAGGGUUUGCC